AUGCACAAAUCAAACGAGAUCCUGAACGAGCUGGCCGAAAGUGCCAAGGUGGUUGAUACUCUCAAGGAUCUCACGUAUAAGGCAGAGGAAGCUAAACUUAUCACGGAGCUUGCCGAAAUAGAUGCUGUUAACUACGCAUUAUUAAAACAAGCGUACAGUACUUCUUUGUCUUUGAACAAUUAUUUGGACAAAUACGAGCUGUCCAAGCUUCUCAAGGAACCGUACGACAUGGAGGGAGCAUGCAUCUUUCUUGAAUCGAGACCUAAAGAUGCAUAUUCUGAGAGGUGGACAGGACAGCUGGCACAGGUGUACAUGAAAUGGGCCGAAAGGCAGGGUCAUGCUGGGAGGAUUGUAGAGAGUUAUCCUUCAGAUAAUGGCGGUUUAAAAUCCGCAACUAUUGAGUUGGAAUUUAAGUUCGCUUACGGGUAUCUGACGGGAGAAAGAGGUGUGCACUCUAUGAUAAGAAGUCUCGAAAAAAAUUCUACUUCUCAUUCUGAGGCUUGCGUUGUUGCAUAUGUGGACAUAAUUCCUCUAUUCAUCGAAAAAUCUCCCAGUCUGUUAAUUGAUGACGAGGAUUUAGUGGUUUCGUACACUUCAUCAGUUCAUGUCCGGCAUUUGCCAACAGGUUUAGAAUUCCAAUCGGCAGGCGAAAGGAGUCGCUUUGCUAACAAAGUAAAGGCGCUGAAUCGUUUGAAAGCCAAACUACUCGUAGUUAUGCGGGACCAAGGCAUAUCGAGCGUGAAAAAUAUCAAGAAAGUUGCUCCAAUUGACCGGUGGAGUGAAAUUACCCGAAAAUAUGUUUUCGGGCCGAACAGUCUGGUGCAUGACCUGAAAUCGGGAGUCCGAUUUUCUGAUGUAAAUGCAGUCUUGAAUGGAAAUAUUGAUCCUCUUAUUACUGGCCAAAUCCAUUGUAGACAAAGUAGUACUUUCAUUUAA